AAAGAUGGCCCCUUCUCAUGCGCUGAGGUGCUGUAAACGGGCUCUGAACUGGAUACCUGUCCUGUUUAUUAACCUGGUUGUCGCCUGGUCUUAUUACGCCUAUGUGGUGGAGCUCUGUGUGUAUACAAUCCCAAAUGAUGCGGAACGAAUCAGCUAUUUGGUCAUCUUUCAUAUUUUCUUUGCCAUGUUCAUAUGGUCCUACUGGAAAACGAUCUGGUCCAAACCUGCCAGUCCUUCAAUAGCAUUUGCCCUGCCCCAAGCAGAGAAGGAUCUGUACGAGAAGGAGCAACGAGCCGAAGUUCAGCAAGAGAUCCUGAAGAAAGCGGCCAGAAAUGUACCUGUGUACACGCGCACAGCUGGAGGAGCCAUCAGAUACUGUGAUUUCUGUCAAGUUAUAAAACCUGAUCGCUGUCAUCACUGCUCAACAUGUGAAAUGUGUGUGCUGAAAAUGGACCAUCAUUGCCCUUGGGUGAAUAACUGUGUUGGGUUUUCAAACUACAAGUUCUUUAUUCUAUUCUUGGCCUACGCAACGCUCUACUGUGUUGUCAUUUGUGCGACCGUUGUGCAGUAUUUCAUCAAAUUCUGGACGAAAGAACUUCCUGACACACACGCGAAAUUCCACAUCUUAUUUCUAUUUUUUGUUGCGGCACUCUUCUUCAUUAGCAUAGUAUCACUUUAUAGCUACCAUAUGUGGCUUGUGGGGAAGAACAGAACCACUAUAGAGGCAUUUAGAGCUCCUGUUUUUGCAAAUGGUCCAGACAAAAAUGGCUUCUCUCUUGGCUUUAAACGAAAUGUAGCUGAGGUGUUUGGAGAACAGGCAAAGUACUGGAUUUUCCCUGUUUUCUCAAGUCAAGGAGAUGGACAUUCCUUUGUCACCAGGCUGGUUCACAUAGACCCUGAACAAGCGAACAGCAUCCUCCAGCAGAACGGAAAAAUCCCCGUGGAUGGAGAGACAAACCUUUGUGUGGUGCCUGAUGAUGAGCCUCACACAGAGGAUAACUGCAAGAACAAACCUGAUGGAGGCCAGAUAGUUACCGUGACCAUGGACACUGAGCCUUAGAAGGUCACGCACGCAGCCCUGUAUAGAUUAUCAGCUGAACUGCCUUAAACAAGGAGCAUCAAUACCUCCAAGACCAUCCGUGGCAUCAAAAAAAGAAAUACUGUUGUGAUGGCAACGAAUGCUUUAAAGCAACUUUGUAGACUGCAACAGUCUGAAGCUGAGGAGAUUUGUCUUUGUAUCUACUAAAUACUUUAUUUUUUAUUAAUUUUAUAAUCUAAAACCAAUCUCUGAGAUCCAGCUUGUGUUUUUACCAACUCUCUGAACAUUAUAACCAUUUAAUCCAUUUCAUCAAGACAUUCGUCCUCUUUCAGUAUUCGCUAAAUCUUUAGGGGCUUUUUGUAGAGCAUCUAAAGCAAGACUUUUUUGGUCAGAUUUAAAUGAUUAGAAAGCCCAACACUAUGGCUGUCUGUGACGUACUAUAAAUGGGCCGUAAUUAUAGUAAACUGUUGGAUGAUCUUAGAUUUAAUUUGUAUUAUGUUUGGAAAUAUUUAAAACGGUGUUGUUUACAUUUUUCUUAUCAUCUUUUUUUUAUUUCAACUAUGAAGAAUAACUCAUGACUGAAAAUGCAAGGAGGCAUCAAGCUUGUGGAAUUCAAUACACUGAAAAGUCUAAAAUGCUGCAAAGUAAAUAAAGAAGUUUCCAUUUUUCAUCCUGAUUUGUUUUUGUUUUCUCAUAGUACAGAGUUUAUUUAUUCUUAAGCAACAAAAAAAGAAGGAAAAAAAACACUCCAAUUGGAUAAACUCAGAACCAGCGCCAUUUGUUUCAAUGUUUUCCUGAGCCAAAACCAGGAGAUUCCUGGAUAAAAGCUUUUAUACCUUUGGAGACCAUAAUCCUGUCUUUUAAGGCGGUCCUUUUUCAUGAGCACAUUCCUUCUAGUGGACACAAUGAACAGCUCUUUAUGGGGUUUGACUGAUAACUUAUUUAUAGGAUGAUAUCUGAUAUGAAUUUACAAGUUAUUUAUAAUUAACUUCACUGACUGUUUAAAGCACAAUGUGUUUGCUUCAGCUGCUAAUUUAACAUUUGUAAAGAACUGCUUUUUUAUUGCACAAACUUGAUUCAUAAAUGUACUGAUUAUAACAAUA